UAGCAAGCUUUAUGGCAAGUCCAUUCUUGUUAUAUACGGUACUGCCACCUGGUAGGUUGUGCCGCAGUUUCUUUUCAAAAGCGGCAGCUCUCAACGGCUCCUGUCGCAAUCAAUGAACAGACGUGAAAUAAAUAAUUUGAAAUAACGCCACUGAGAUAUUCAUACAGCGAGUACGUUAAAUAGAAACUACAAAAGUAAACACGAGACGAAAGCUGUGAAUUCCUUGUUGUGAAUAAAGUACAAGGGCAGAAUGAAUUCCGCAAUUGUACAUCUGGAGCAGAGCGUACGUGAAGCCGACGGCAAGCUGGACAUGAUCACCUGGCAAAUCGACGCGUUUGAAAAGGAAUUUCAGGACCCGGACAACGAGAUAUCUGUGCUCAGACUCUUACGUUCAGUAACCCAGGUGAAAGAAGAAUAUCAAACGUUACGCCGUGACAUCCUCGAGGUUCAACAACUCCAGAAGCAACUUUCAGACUCUUUGAAAACUCAGCUUUCUCAGAUUCAAGGCCAUUUUAACAUUCUGCGCAACAAAAUAGUUGGACAAAAACCAACUCCGCAGCUAAAGUAGAAAUGAAAUGAAAACUGAGAUCACUAUUACGUGUUGCUUUAGUUUAUUUAGAACGUAAUAAAAAUAAUUUCUACUGAUUAUUUCUACCGGUAAUAACAGUCACACUUUGUGGGAAAAUUUUUAUUCACAAACUAAACUUAGUUUUUCAGAAAUGAAUAAAAGUAACGAUGAGUCUGACAACGACACUUAUUCGUUUUAUUCAUCAUAAAUCAUUUAAAAUUUUACUGGUUUCGUUUCACAGGCUUUAGAACAAGUGAAAUGUUUGACAAAUAAUUCAUUUGGUAUGUAUGUUUUCAAUUGUGGUGUUGGGGCCAAUCAGAGAACAUGGGUUUUUAUUUAAUUAAAUAUGGGGGAAUGAAAUCAGUAAGAUUUAAAUACUAAAUGUAUAAGUCAAUUGACAUUGGCAAACGUUCUUAGCAUUUGAAGGUAAUUUGCAAGUCUCGAAAGUACAAGAACGAAAAGUGGUGUCAGACUUUGAAUAAUGGGUUGUAAAUGGAACAGUCAAAAUCUGUGUAGACAGAAUUAUUUAAUUAAUACCACGAUUUUCGAUCUGAUCUCAUGAAAAGUUUUUAAUUCAAUUAAAAAU